UGUUCCACAUCUAACUGCGACUAUCUCUCGCGGGCCUCCCCUCUCCCAAUCCCUUGCUCUCUUAAACUAUAUUAUUAUAAUAAUCUCACACCAUAACCCCCGCUCCCUCUCUCUUUCUCUCUCUGUCCUUUUCUUACUCCCAACGACAAUGGCGGAGCUUCUUCUGCUGCUUCCUCCUCUGCUGCUGCUGCUGCUUCUUCCUCUCAUGCUUCCUCAACAGCGUUGUCGUUUUCCAGCUCUUCCACCAAUGUCACACUCACAGCUCUCAUUCUCAGCUUCUUCUCUUCUCCGCUCGCUUUGAAUCCCCUCGAUCUGUUUCACUUCUUACAAUACUCAGGGAAGGUUAAUCUCUUGUUGAACUCAUGGAGCAAUAUGAAAUACUCGAGCAAAUUGGAAAAGGUGCUUUUGGUUCUGCUCUUCUUGUGAGGCAUAAGCACGAGAAGAAGAAAUAUGUUCUGAAGAAGAUUCGCUUGGCACGCCAAACUGAGCGAUCUCGUAGAUCUGCGCACCAGGAGAUGGAGCUAAUCUCUAAAUUCAGAAAUCCAUUUAUCGUGGAGUAUAAAGAUUCAUGGGUAGAGAAGGGUUGCUAUGUGUGCAUUAUUAUAGGUUACUGUGAGGGUGGAGAUAUGGCGGAAGCUAUCAAAAAAGCAAAUGGAAUUCUUUUUCCAGAGGAGAAACUUUGCAAGUGGCUUGUUCAACUUCUUAUGGCACUUGACUACUUGCACAUGAACCAUAUUCUUCACCGGGAUGUCAAGUGUUCAAAUAUAUUUUUGACAAAAGAUCGAGACAUACGCCUUGGCGAUUUUGGACUUGCUAAGAUGUUGACUUCAGAUGAUCUUGCUUCUUCUGUCGUGGGAACACCUAGCUACAUGUGCCCUGAGCUCCUUGCUGAUAUUCCUUAUGGUUCUAAAUCAGAUAUUUGGUCUUUGGGAUGUUGUAUAUAUGAAAUGACAGCACAUAAGCCUGCUUUUAAAGCAUUUGAUAUACAAGCACUGAUAAACAAGAUUAACAAGUCCAUAGUGGCCCCACUGCCAACAAAGUAUUCUGGUGCAUUUCGUGGUCUUAUUAAAAGCAUGCUGCGGAAAAAUCCAGAGCUUAGACCUAGUGCCGCAGAGCUACUUGGACACCCUCAUCUUCAGCCUUAUGUUCUCAAGAUCCAUCUUAAAAUCAAUAACCCCAGACGAAGUACACUCCCAGCCCAUUGGCCAGACUCCAAAUACACGAAGAAAACUAGAUUCGUGGAGGCAGGAGAUGAUGCUAUUUCCACCUACAGGGAUAAGCGGAAUUCUUUUAAAAACGACCGGACUUUGAAUCCUAGCAUAUCUGAAGCUGAGCUAGAUUCUGUAGGCUCUACCCUAGAAAUAGAUUGUACUCCAGACCAUUUGAAUCACCGGUUAGCAGAAUUAUGUGUUGGGGAUAGCCCUGAAAUGAACAAAAUCCGUAAGCCAGGUGUUGCCAGGAACUCACGCGUUUCCAGAACUCCAAGAUCAACAUCGUCAAAAGCUUUGGCCAGCCCUAAGAAACAAAUGGAGUUCUCAAAGAAUCGUGAGCUGCACCAUAUCCCACACAGUGCCAGAAAAUCUCUCCAUACGACUCGCAGAGCAUCAUUUCCAUUGCCCAAAAGAGGUGCUGUUCUUGGCCACGAAAAAUCACCUCAUAUUUCAGUCAACUCCCCCCGCAUUGACAGGAUAGCUGAAUUCCCAUUAGCAUCAUAUGAGGGUCUACUGUUUCCCAUUAGCAGAACUUCAUCAACCUCUGCACAGGGUUCCUCAGUCUCGCCGCCUUUUGGUGAUCGUUCAAUCAUGAAAGAUAAAUGCACCGUUCAGGUGUCUGAUAGAGCUGCUGUCAGGCCUAGUUUGACGGAUGCUUCGCAGGGAACCAAAUGCAACGUGUAUCAGGAAAAAGAUGAGGUGAAAAGUGGGUCCUCUGAUCAAAAUGCAACUGCCGGUGCGUCAAGCCAUACCUCUUUAGACUGGCACCGCCGGCAUUUUGACACUUCAUCGUACCAACAAAGAGCUGAAGCCUUAGAAGGGUUGCUCGAAUUUAGUGCGAGGCUGCUACAACAAGAAAGGUAUGGAGAACUUGGGGUGUUGUUGAAACCCUUUGGACCUGGGAAGGUCUCUCCACGUGAAACUGCUAUCUGGUUGAGUAAAAGCUUCAAAGAAAACACUCAACCAUGAGGAAUCCUUUUAAAGUUUAAACCGCUGUACUUGAAAAUUCUAACUCGUAACCCCUUUGUAGAGUACGAAAUUUUCUUUUCCGCUUUUCGUAGAAUGUUGGGAAUUAGAUUGCUGCUAAUUUUGUAGACUGUCAAGAUUCGGCAUAUAGUUUUCCCCACUUACCGAAUCAUGUUAA